AGGUCCAAGUGGGCCUGGGACAGCGGGCGGGGGAAGGGGGAAGAAAGACAGAGAAAAAGGUGUUUCCGCUGCCUUUUCUCUUGGAAGGGAGGCUGCUUUAUCCAAGAGCGGAGAGGGGAGCAGUGGGCGGGGGAGCUGGGAGGCUCAAGAUGGGACAGCUGGGGGAUCCUGCGCCUCUGCCUUUGCCUUGAGAGGAAAGGUGGGAUGGGACGCAGGGAGGAGGAGGAAAUCAGCUUCACUAGGAUGGCACCUCGAGGAUCCUGAGGCUAUAGCCCCGUGGAGGGGAGUAAAAGGAGGUCUGCGCAGGGGAGGCUUAUGCGGCGGCCCGGGGAUCCAGCACAGGGCAGGAUCUGAGGCGUCUAGCUCGGGUUAGAGAUUCGGCUGGUGCUUCACCUUAUAGGAAGAAGGGUGCACGAAGCAGCAUUCCUGGCAAGGGGAGGAUUCCCGCGACAUCAAUUCCACGCGCGCGCACACACGCACACAUACACGCCAGCGCAGAGGGAAUAGUUUUGGGUGGUGGGUUUUUUUCUUCUUCUUGGUGAUUCUGAUCGCAAUUUGCCCAGGAGAGGAACACUGACCCCACUUCCCUCCCUCUCGCCAGCCCAGCCUCGAUGAGUGCCAAAGUGCCCAAGGAGCUGAGGCUGGCCCUGCCGCCUUGCCUUCUCAAUCGGACCUUUGCUUCCCCCAACGCCAGCGGCAAUCCCAGCCCCAGGGACCCGGGUGGUAGCGCUGGAGGCAGCGGUGGUGGCAGCGGCGGCGGCGGUACCUGCAUCACGCAAGUAGGACAGCAGCUCUUUCAGUCCUUCUCCUCCACGCUGGUGCUGAUUGUUCUGGUCACCCUCAUCUUCUGCUUGAUCGUCCUUUCCCUUUCUACCUUUCACAUCCACAAGAGGAGGAUGAAGAAGCGGAAGAUGCAGAGGGCUCAGGAGGAGUAUGAGCGGGAUCAUUGCAGCAACAGCAGGGGCGGCGGCGGGGGCGGCGGCGGCGGCGGCGGCGGCUGUGGCAGCGCGGGACUGAGGGCCUGUGGCCAGGCUCCUCACAACGGGAAAGAAACCCGGCUGGAGAGACCCCCCCGGGACUCAGCCCUCUGCACCUCUUCACCUUCCACCUCCUCCUCCUCUUCCUCCUCUUCUUCAACCUCUUCUUCCUCCACUUCCCCUGGCAUCCAGCGUCCUGGGCCCCGUCCUCCUCCCCCUCCUCCUCCCCCUCCUGUCCCCAGUCCCCAAGGUUCCCACCUCACCUCAUGUUUGGACUCAGCUGGUGAGGGGCUUUUGCAAACGGUAGUACUGUCUUGAUGGCCUAGAGCUCCUCCUCUUUUCCUUCUCCUCUUCCCUCUUUUCCUUCCUCUUUUCCUCCUCUGACCCCAACCCCCUCCUCCUCCUCUCCUCCUUUUCCUCUGUCUUCCUGCCCUCUCAUCCCUUUCCUCCUCCACCGAGGCACUGUGUGGUGUUUGUAAAUAUUGAGCAAUGAAAGUCUCGGAAGAAGAAAUAACGCUGAUGAUGAUAAUACUUUAUUAAUAUUAAUAAUUAUCAUGAUUAUACUAAUAACACAACCCAAGCGCAUGACAAAUCACAUCGCGUUUCUCAUUGUCAAGGAAGGAUGCAUCUUUCUCCCCUUCUGCCCCCCACCCCCCAAAAAGGAGGAGAAAUCGCACAAAGCUACCAAAUAUAUAAAAGUCAUUGCCCGGUGAGGAGAGGGAGAUUGGAGGUGAAGGAAGAUCAAGAGCCCCGGUGGUAAUGUACAUAGCUUUAAGGUUAAGGUUACCUUCCACUCUCUUCUCCUUCUCCCUCUCCUCCCUACCUCUAUCCCCUCUAAGCUGUCACUCUUCCUCUACUCCUUUCCCCAACAUUCACAUCUUUGCUCCAACCGGGCUCAGUCAAUCGCAUACUAUCAUAAAGCAACCAUUUAGAUCAAGCACCAGGACUACAAGAGGCAAGAUUCCCCUCAACCCCCAGGGAGAGAGACUGGAGCAAUGCAACCGGGGGCAUUUGUUGAAUACGGUUGGACCAAUGCAAAGAAAGACAAAUGUUAAUGGGCGGAAGUAUUGGAGACCCAGAAAAGGAAGCACUCUUUCUGUACCAUCUACGUUUCUUCCACCUCACCCCACCCCAUUUUAAUUCCCACCCUCUGUUAAUAAUUUUCCCUUCUCAAGGACUAAAUAUUUAUUUAGUUUUACAAAUGUCCCUUGAUGGCAGAGAUAAGUACAACAAAUAACAUCACAUAGGAACUCUGCCUCUGUCUCUCUCUCUUUCACGCACACUCACACACAGACCCUUAGUAGGUUCCCUUCAAUCAUAUUGUUGCUGCCCCUUGCUCUGUUUCCCGCCUCUUAAUCCCCCCACCCUCUAAAUCCGUCAGUGAUCUAUACCCCUUUGGCUGCUCUGGGCUUCCCAGAUGCCCUAUUGGUCCAGAGGAGCUGUCCAGCCAGGUCCGGUGCUGAAAUUGCCUCACUGCACAGGCAACUCUCUGUGCAGGUGGAGAGGCUGUUUUGGGAGGUGACUGUUCUAGCUUUGGUUGGUUCCUUUCUUUCUUUUCCUAUUAAUUUUUAAUAAUCUGAUUCAAGUGUACUAUUCGUUUAGUUAUAUUAAACAUUGCAUAAGUUAUUCUUUUUUGUAAAAACAAAAUAAUAGGUAAUGUGCAGUACUGAAAGUGCAGUAACUAAUCAGCCAGAAUAUUUUUGUUUUAUUUUUAGAACAAGUGUACUUUGUUAUAUCUUCUAUUGGUACUGAAUGCCUACGCAAACUAUAAUUCUGUACCAUGCUCUCCAAACUGUAUAUUCUUGUUCUUCAUUUACAGCUAUUGAUAUAAUGGUUGCCACUGAACAUUGAACUCAGUGGUGCAGACCUGGCUUCUGCUGUUUUCAGAAUUGUUAUUUUGUACCCUACUCUGUAGUAGACUGUUAUGAAAAGAUGACACGUCCAUUUUCUCCUUUAUUUUGCGAACAGAACCAAACAAUGGAUGUGCAUCUAUUGCCAUCUAUUAAAACAUGGUUAAUAUUUAAACAGCACCUGGUGUAGUUCUCCCUGCAUGUAAUAACCACAUAGAGGCAAUGGUGUGAGUGCCUGCUUGUUCUGUAUGUGCUUGGGAGUGGAGCUAGUAGAAGGGGUGCCAGACAAUUUGGGUGACAAGUAAUUUAGAUUUCAUGGAGCAGUUACAACUAGAGCCAGAAUAUUUAAGGGAUAGGUGUUUGCUUUUCUGUUAACCUAGAAACCUCUGAUGGCUGUCAGUAAAAAUGUAUGUGGAGGGAGGGGUGCUAUUUUUCUCUUCUUCCAUCCUUGUCUGGCUUAGUUGAGGUUCAGGAUCUAAUGAACAUCCGGACAGGGUAAGAGAAGAAUAGAACUCUUUUUUUAUUCUUCUCCUGAACCCAGGUGUAGCUUACAUGCUGGAAACAAGGUUUAUUUGUUGUCAUUUCCCACUCUGUUUCCUUUUGUUUUCUUGCAGGAGGAAACAGAAAGUUGCUGUAUUUUUUCUAUCUGCACUGGAAACUCUUUAACUUAAGACUGUGGUUUUUCAGUUAACUGAUUGGAAAACUGUGUUGAUGUGAAGAAACUUCUAGUAAUACAACCCAAAUUUGCUCCAAAUUGAACUUUUAGGAUUUUAAGUAAGCAGAAUCUCUUAAGUGCAUCCCUCUUCUAAAUAACGAAUCGAUCAGGUAGUCUAUGUCUGCCUAGCUUCCUGGAGAAGAGGGCUUCUACCCAAUGGAUGGGGGAAGGGGGGAGACUGCCUUUGAGGAUUUUGCAAGAAUUAUUUUCAGAAGCUUUGAGGAUCAUCACUUAGUUGUGCCAUGCUGUGAUUUGAGGAGAAUGUAAGAGACUCCAUCUAUGGGUUCAAGUUGGAACAUAAAUGAUUCCUGUUCACAGUGCCUUAGUCACUUCUUAGUAACAAGUUAGGCCCUUAGUGAGGUGCAUUAACUCCCUCAGGCCACUAGGGAACCAUAAGUGCACUAAGCCUUGGACAUCUUACCAGAGAGUGACUAAGGUACUGGGACGACUAGGGCCCAUUAAUUUUUGUAGUUUACCUUCAUCCAGCUGCAGCUCUUUAAUUCAUUAUUCUGAAAUGUCCUUUGGACUUGGAAUCUGAAUUGAUUCAGAGAUCCAAAAAGGAAGCUCCCUAAUUUUCAAUGAGCUCCACUAAGUGCAACAACAUUACUUUCCUCUCCUUAUUUGGGGCACAUUUUACAGUGAAUAAUUUCCCAUUUUAUUAAAGCAAUAAGAUGUUCCAUCGUGUGCAGUGCAGGAUGAUGAUUCCAUUUCCUUGGUGCUGAAGCUGUUCAUCCUUUCUUGCCUUAUGAAUCACAGUGCAUUCAAGGCCUGCAAUAAUAAUCCUCUUCUAGGAUGCAGCCUGGCAGGCCUAGGGUAAUUAUAAAAUUACCCUCUGCCAUUGCUGUCAAAGGAAGAUGUGGGAGAGGGAGGGACCGGGAGGGAGAGAUAAAAGCACUAUAUAUAUUUUUGAGAGAACCUUUUACCUAUAAAAUGGGCCCAUAUAUUCAUAACUCAUAAAUAUUUUAAGUCCCUGUAACCAUGUAUACUUUACGUAUCUAAUUGACUCUGCUUUAAUAUUUGUAAUAUCAUUUUUUGUAUAGACGAUAUGGUCCAGGGGUCAAAAGCAGGACUCUAAAUUUCCAAUGGUCUCAUUUGAGAUAUGAGAUAUGAGAAUUUAUAUUAAAAAAUUAGGGGUUUUUUUUGGGUUAAAUGGCAAUCCCCAAAAGAAAUUGUUACUGCAAUACACUUGUGAGCCUUUGUAUGGACUAUGUGUAAAGCACUGCUUUUUCUUGGACUUAACUGAAUAGUCUCAAGACAUUAGGAUGGUACCAGCACAAGACUAAAGUUUUCUUCUGUGACACUAACAGGUAAUCUGGGAAUAGCUGGAUUUGUUUUAAGAUUUUAUUCACUGAAGUUCUGUCAAACCAAUUGCUUCAAAACCCUAUAGCUAGAGCUCACCUCUUCACUUACAGUUCAGUAUUACUAAGGUGGCAUGCCUGAUUCCUGUUUUUUUCCUUAAUAAAGCAAGUUGAGAGAAUGCCUUUAUUUUAGUUGUGUAAGGCUUCUGAAGCUCAUAGACAUAGGUGGAUAUUAUCUUCCUUAGAAUUUCUAUACAUACAUAGAUAUGUGUAUAUAUAUAUAUAUAUAUAUAUACAUAUACAUAUACACACACACAUUUUGUACAAAUUUGCAAUGGACUUUUUGUAUUCUCUUUUCUGCCAUUACACAAAUGAGAUGGAAACCAAAUGGCUGUUGCAUCUUGUGAGAGGCCUAGGGAGUUAGGUGUAUGCAUGCAUCAUUUCUCUGGGGAUCAGAAUAUUUAAAUUUUCCCAGUUCAUUACAUGAAUGUGGGAAGGUCUGGCUGGCUCAGGGAAUUGGUAAUUUAAAAACAUACUUUUCUUAGAUCAGUGUUUUAAGUAGAACAAUGAUGAUAAAUUUAUGGUUGUAUCCAUAUGAUCCAAUAUCUGGAUAAAAGCCCAAACCAUAAUUUAACUCUUUAAAAAAAUUUACAUGUACUGUUAUAUAGACAAGAGUCCUGAUGAUUCUUUUUAACUUUUCAUUUAGAUUUGUGGUGAUAUGUAAACAGAUUAUGCUGAAAUAGUUGAAAGGAGUGAAAGGAGGGGAGAGAGAGAGAGAGAGAGAGAGAGAGAGAGAGAGAGAGAGAGAGAGAGAGAGAAAAGUGUCAUUAUUUGCACUAUUUAAUAAAUGUGAUGCUCAUUCUCAAUUAAUCAGGCCUCCUCUGGGGCCUGAAUUAUUCAGAUUAGUUGUUUGUAUCAAUUCAGCUAAUUACUAAAACUAUGGUACACUUUGUACUAUGUAGAUUAAUAUAAGUUUUAAGUCAUUUCCCUUAAUUGUCAAUUUUCUACAACUAUUUGAACCUGGGUUGCCAGAUGGAAUCAGAAGCAGAGAUUUUAUUAGUAUGAUCAGACUUCCAUAGGUAAAUAUGUAAUUCCAGUAUGAACUAAAAUUGGGUAAUUCUUCUGGGGGUAAUUUCCUGUUCAUCAUAGAAAUUAUGAUGCAUAUUCUAUAUUAAUCAAAAUUCUAGCUCACAUCAGAACAAUUUCAUGUACAUGGGAGAGGCUAAAUUCAUUAAAUAACAUUCUCAUUUGAGCUCUUUUCCAAUCUGGUUACUCUGAGGAUACACAGCCUAGGAACUUUGGGACUAUUCCAUAUAAAUGUAGUAAAUACAACCUGAGUAAAGAUGCCAGAAAGAAAAGCUUAGCCAAGAAUGAGGCGUAGUGGGUUCUGAAAGGGUGACUAUCAUGUAUCAAGGGUAUUCUUCUGGAUCAGGAUAACUUUUGGUUUAACCUGAUGUUUCUGAUUCUAUUGGACUGGUUUUUAUAGCUAAAGAGAUAGACUAAUCCUUAAGAGAGAGCAUGUCAAGCAGGCAGAAUAAAAUAGAGAUCAGAGUUCAUGGAAGAUUUGUUUUGCUUUUCUAUCAAUAAAUGACUUUUAUUGUUAA